AUGGUCCGGCAACGGACACUCAUCCGGGGCCGCAUUGGGAAAUCAAACGGGCGGGAACGGGUGGCGGGGAGAACGGAGGAGGAGGAGGAGGAGGAGGAGGAGGUCAAAGACGCCCUGUUUAUCUGGGACCAGAAGUCCCGGCGGCGGGCGUGGCAGCCCCGGCCCCCCCUGCGCACGCCUCGCACACCAUCCCUGCAGAGCCCCAGGCCGGCGCGGCAGCUGGACGCGGAGGAGGAGGACGUGGAGGAGGAGGACGCGGAGGAGGAGGAGGCAGACAGGAGGCAGGAGGCCAGCUGGAAGUCGGUCAAGAAGCACGGGGUGACCACCCGGCAGCUGGUGGACAAGGUCCCCGAGGGGUGCAGCCUGCCCGACUUCGAGCAGAAGCCGGUCACCAUGGCGCUGGCCGAGGGGAGAAACGCCAUCCUGCGGGCCGUGGUCUGCGGGGAGCCCGCGCCCCAGGUGCGCUGGCAGAGCAGCCAGGGGGACCUCAGCAACUCCAGCAAGUACCAGCUGCUCUCCGCCCCGGGCAGCAGGGAGCACGCGCUGCAGAUCAACAAGCUGACGGGCGAGGACACGGACAAGUACUACUGCGUCGCCGUGAACCCGUACGGAGAGGCCGUGUGCUCCGCACGGCUCACUGUCAUCGAAGUUGGCUUUCGGAAGAAGCGGAAGAGGAACACGGAACCCCAGGAGGACCUCAGUAAGGAGCUGAUGGACUUGCGGAGGAUGCUGAGGAAGAGGUGGGUCGCCCCGCCUCCCAAGAAGAAGAUGGACCCCGAGCAGGUGUGGCAGCUGCUGAUGUCGGCGGACCGGAAGGACUAUGAGCGGCUGUGCAUCCAGUACGGCAUCGCGGACUUCCGCGGCAUGCUGCGCAAGCUGGAGAAGAUGCGCCGGGAGCGCGACGACCGGAUGGCGCAGUACGUCAACGCCGUCUCCAACACGAAACAGAUGAAGGUCACCAAGGAGGGGGUGGCGUUCUUUGAACUGGACCUGGACCUCAAGGACCCCGAGAGCAAUGUCUACCUGUACAAGGACGGGGAGAUGGUCCCCUACAGCUCCGAGAGCCAGGCCAAGCGCAGCGUGAGGCGGCUGGGCAAACACUACCACUUCCAGAUCCAGGACCUGUGGCCGGAGGACGCCGGCCUCUACCAGGUCAAGGUGGAGGACGCGGAGGUCUUCUCCACGGAGCUGGAGGCCAGCGCCAUCCCGCCCCGUGUGCUGGUCCCGCUGUCCGAGGCCCGCUGCGAGGAGCGGGGCGACGCCGUCUUCGCGUGCACGCUGUCCAACCCCUGCCCCCAGGCCGCCUGGCACUUCAAGCACCAGCCGCUGCAGCCCAGCGACAAGUACGAGGCAUCCGUGUCCCCCGACGGGCUGACCCACCAGCUGGUGGUGAGAGGGGCCCGGCUCUCGGACAUGGGCCCCUACUCCCUGGACACCGGGCUCCACGUCUCCAGCGCCUGGCUGGUGGUUGAAACUGGGCAGGAUCAAGGCCCUCUGACCACCAGUGCUGACCACCAAGCUCAGGGGCAAGGAGCCCCGGCCUCAGACGCCAAAGAGUCCAGGCGGGCCAGCGGCCAGCGGGGGGUUCCCAGAGAGCGGGGGGGCGCCCCCGGGGGGGCCGGGUGGGAUCCCGGGCGCCAGCUCCCAGCCGGCCUGGACGGAGGUGGCCUUGGGGCCCCAGGGGCUCCCGGGGACAGAGGGGCCCCCAGCGGGAAGGGCGGGUCUGCAGGUCAGGCCGGGGGCGUGGGGGCUCCUGGCUGCCUUGAUGGUCCGGGGGCCAUGGAGGGCGAGGCCUGGGCAGGGGCAGGGGCACUGGGAUCCAGGCGGGAAAAGGGCUCCGGGAACGCAGGGGCAGGUGCGGGGACAGCAGACAGGGGCGGAGCCGCUGUCCAGGGGGGACCAGGGCGUCAGGGUGCUGGGGACUCCCUGCUGGGAGAUGGGGGGGUGGCGGCCACCUCGGGGACAGGCACAGGCGAGGCCCAGGACGGAGGCCGGAGACCCGGGCAGAGGGGCAAGUCCGCGUCGGCAUCUGCCGAUGGGCCGGGGGUUAGCCGAGCUCGGGCCCCAGGCCGGGGAGACCAGGGUUUUGAAGGAGGCCGUGCAGGAGCCGGGAGCCAGCCCCCCGGCUCUGGGGUGGACGAUGCCGCUUUCGGGGGGACCCAGGAAUCGGGGGGACCCAGGGACCGGGCAGGGGCUGCCGGCCCGGGAGAGGCCGGUGGGAGGCAGGGCCCGGGGGUGCGGGACAGCAGAGGCUCAGGGGCCAGAAGCCGCCGGCCCGCUGGCCCCUGGGACGUGGACGGAGCCGGGAGCGGCCUGGAUGGCCCCCUGGGCAGCAAAGACUCUGGAGACAGACCCACGGACGUCGGGGGCCCGGGGGCCCCGCCAGGCAGAGGACGGAGAGGCGGAAGGGGGCCCCUGGGGGCUGAGGCUGACAAGGCCCUGACGGAGGACGAGGCCCCGCGGGGGAGCAGGUCCCGCACGCGGGCGGGGGCCACGGCUGGAGGCGCGGAGAGGCGGGCGCAGGAGGAGGCCGGAGGCCGGGGGCCACGGCCAGGAGCAGAGGACGGAGCAGAGGACACGGGGAGCUCCGGGGAGACCCCGCGUGAGGACGGGAGCCGAGCGGGCAGCAGGAGAGGCGGCGCGGAGGGCAGGCUGGGCGGCGGGGGCCAAGGGCAGGACGCCCCCCGGAGCCCGCGAGGCAGACACAAGAUCGGCACCGGCUGCUUCUGCGAAGAAGCCCGAGCCCCCCAGGGCCACUUCUCCCGGGAGCUGGCUGACACGGAAGCGCGGCUGGGGGAGGCCGCCACGCUCUCCUGUACCCUCAGCCGGGACCUGGGACCAGGCGCCUGGUUUAAGGAUGGAGUCCAGCUCAGCACCCAGGACGGACUCGUCUUCGAGCAGGAGGGCCUGGUGCGCAGGCUGCUCAUUGCCCACGCGCAGGGCACCCACGCCGGGAGGUACAGCUUCGUGGCCGGCGACCAGAAGAGCGAGGCCACCCUGACCGUCCGAGAUCCGCCCGUCAUUGCUCCGGACGUGAUGGAGAGGCUGCAGGAGCCGCUGGUGGUCAAGGCGGGGAAGCCGCUGAGCGUGAAGAUCGCCUUCGAGAGCCGCCUCCCGGUGCAGGCGGCCUGGACCAAGGACGGGGCCGCGGUGGACGGCGCGGGGGGCCGAGGGGCGCAGGUGGCCCUGGGCGACGGCUUCGCGCGGCUGUGCGUCCCCAGCGCCAGCAGGAGGGACAGCGGCCAGUACAGCGUGACGCUGCGCAGCCAGGGCGGCUCCGUGCAGGCCAGGCUCACCCUGCAUGUCAUAGACAAGCCCCAGCCGCCCCAGGGCCCCCUGGAGGUGCAGGACUGCCGGGGGGCUGGCGUCUGCCUCCGCUGGGGGCCCCCCCGGGACGACGGGGGCCGGGCCGUGGAGCACUACGUGGUGGAGCGGCGGCAGGCCGGCCGGAGCACCUGGCUGAAGGUGGGCGAGCCCCCCGCCGACGCCACCAGCUUCACGGACGCGCAGGUGGAGCAGGGCAAGAAGUACGCCUUCCGCGUGCGGGCGGUGACCUCCGAAGGGCCCGGCGAGGCCCUGGAGUCGGAGGAGGUGCUGGUGGCUCCCGAGGCGCGCCCCGGGCCCCCCUCGGCCCCCGCCAUCCUGUCCGCCUCCAGCCAGAGCAUCACCCUGAGCUGGACGGCGCCCCGAGGCCCCGGCAGCGCCCACAUCCUGGGCUACCUGGUCGAGAAGCGCAAGAAGGGAAGCAACACGUGGGCGGCCGUGACCGAGCAGCCGGUGCCUGAGCGGAGGUGGACCGUGACGGACCUGCGGCCCGACUGCCAGUACGAGUUCCGGGUCACGGCCGUGGCUCCCGCCGGCCCCGGGCAGCCUGGGCCCCCCUCGGACCCCGUCUUCGCUCGGGACCCCAUGAGACCCCCCGGGCCCGUGAGGGACCUGCAGGUCACGGACACGUCGCACACCAGCAUCAGCCUGCGCUGGGCCCCGCCGGACACUCAGGACGCGGACGAGGCGCAGGGAUACGUGGUAGAGCUGUGCCCCUCGGACAGCCUGGAGUGGGCCCCGUGCCAUGCGGGCACCGUGCCCGGCACCACCUACACGGCCAAGGGGCUGCGGCCCCGGGAGGGCUACUUCGUGCGGGUCGUCGCCGUGAACGACGGGGGCCGUGGCCAGCCCGCCGCCCUGGACGUGGUGGUGCAGGCCAUGCCGGCCCAAGUCAGUCCCAGGUUCCUCGUGGACUCCAGCGCCACGGACACCCUGGUGGUCCGAGUGGGGGACACCAUCCGUGUGCCCGUUCGCUUCGAGGCGGCCCCGCUGCCCGAGGUGACCUGGCUGAAGGACGGCCUGCCGCUGUCGCAACGGAGCGUGACGUCCACCAAGGACGGCCUCACCCAGCUCCUGGUGCCCGUGGCCGGCCUCUCAGACAGCGGCCUCUACUGCGUGGUGCUGAGGGGCCCACAGGGGCAGGAGGCCACCCACACCUUCGCCCUCCGGGUGGCAGCGAGGCCGCAGGCGCCGGGGCCGGUCCACCUGCAGGAGAACGUGCCGGGGACAGUGACGGCUGAGUGGGAGCCGUCGCCGGACGAGGCCCGAGGCGUCCCGCUGCACUACGCGGUGCUGAUGCGCUCCGCCGCCCACGGGCCCUGGCGCGAGGUGGCCGACCGCGUGCACACCACCCGCUUCACCUUCCUGGGCGUCGUCCCCGGCCACGAGUACCACUUCCGCGUGGUGGCCAAGAACGAGCUAGGCGCCAGCGAGCCCUCGGACGCCGGCCAGCCCUGGUGCCUCCCGCGGCUGCGAGACAAGGUCCCGGCGAAGCCGGCCAGCUACCGGGAGCCGGACCGCAGCCAGAAGCCCUGGUUCCUGGUGGGCCUGCGCUCGCACCUGCUCCCCGCGGGCUGCGAGUGCUGCAUGAGCUGCGCCGUGCGGGGCUGCCCGCCGCCCCGCGUCACCUGGUUCAGGAACGGCGAGAGCCUGGAGGGCCGCCGCGGCGCGUACAGCACCGACACGCUGGGCGUGUGCUCCCUGGUCAUCCCGGGCGUGGGCCCCGAGGACAGCGGCCUGUACAAGGCGGUGGCCGAGAACGCGCUGGGCCAGGCCGUCAGCACGGCCACCCUCCUCGUCACAGAUCCCAGCUCCUAGCCCGCCUCGCCCUCGAUGGCCCUGCCCGGCCACCCAGCCACGGAGGAGGACAGAGGCCUGCCCGCCACGCUGGCCGGGGAGCCAGUCCUGAGGGUCGGACGGAGGAGGAUGGCACUGGAGCCCAGGGGGGGCUUCUGGGAGGUUCCCCCAGGAAAGAGGAGGAACGGGGGACACCCAGCCUCCGGCCCCACCCACGGGCUGACCGACAGGCUGACCGCGAACUCCCCCUUCCCCCUGCUGCUUCCUUCUCCCCCGAGGACACCCCCAGGGGAGCUGCCUGCAGGGGGGAGGCCGGGCCCUGGGAGGGAAGAGCUGGGCCGCUGCGACCCCAGGGAGGGGACAGGAAGGAGGUCCCAGGUCCUGGGUGGGCACAGGGCCCGGA